UACCCCCAUAAACCGUAGAUUUUCUGAAAACUUAAUAGUUCCAGAUUAUUGCUUAUUCCUUUUGAAAAAUCAAAAUAUCAACGCGAUUCAGAAAUGAGAAGCUUUUUGUGAAAGUGGGUGUCGCUGUAAAUUUAAGUCCAGGCCAGCCAAAAAUAAACGGAAGAAGCCAAUUAAGAUCGCAUUCGCUUCUUAACACGUUUGACUAAAAACCAUGUCUCAGAUUUUUGUUAAGUGCGUUUGUUCUUUUGUUAUAAGCAGUUGAAGUUAGGGAUAGCAAAUCAUUAGCACUACGUAUGAAAAAAUGCUCUAACUCGAAAACGUAAAAAGAAAUCAAAAUUCGUAGACACCGUUUUUUAGAAAACCUAUCUGACAGUAAGUUGACCUAAUUUCAGCCAAAUUGGUUGACGGGUUGUCAACAGGGAGUUUAAAACGUACCCUCAACUUGCCCUGAUUUUAAUUUCGAGAAAACAGGGGGAAAAGAUUUUUGGCGGUGUAUUACCCGUGACGAGAUUAUAACAGAUUAUAACACCAAAGCUGUCAAUGUUGAUGCAUACCAGAGAAGAUACAAGAAUAGUGACACAGCUAGCCUGUUCCAGGGUCCGAGAUGGUGGUGGAAAGUCGUUCAGUAAUAAGAAAUGCGAAAAACGCGCGGGGGCUGGGGAGAGACAGGGCAGCGGAGCCUGUACGCAUUUUUUUAACGGCCUGUUCCGGUAUAUCAGCUCCUGAUGUACCCUCUGAUGGGUCAAUUGUGACAGUUAACAUCAUCACCUAGUGGUGUGGUCAUCAGUUUGUCAUCACCAAGAUGGCUAACGCGAAUCGCGCGUGUGAUCUUCAUGAAUCCGCGUUGUCUUGUGCUUUAGACGAGUGUCUGCGACUUGGCUCGCGGUAAAGAUGUUUUCGGUAUUAUGCCCACCGGUUUCGGAAAAAGUUUAAUCUUUCAGCUAUUCCCACGCUUGGCUUAAGUUGCUCUAAUCCUAGAAAACUCUACGAUAAUAGUCGUUUCGCCGCUGAUAUCUAUAAUGCGAGACCAAGUGGAACAACUGAAAAAGCUUGGAUUUUCGGCCGCAGCUAUUUGGCAUCGGUGAAGAGGGAGAGGAGGGCGAGAAGAAAGCGAGAGAAGGAAAGUGCGAAAUUGUUUUCGGUAAUCCGGAGUCAUGGUUGACCACAAAGUGGCAAUAACAAAACAGUCCAAAGACCUUUAAGCCUAUUCCGCUAUUACCAAGGGAGAAACUACGCCGCGCUCCAGUCAAAAGACUCACACUAUUUUAAGAUGAACACUAUUAAGAUGGAGUUUACUAAGUCACAAUGCAAUUCUCCUUAGUUGAUGUAGCUUAAGUUUAAGCUGCACUUCAUUCUUAUAAUUCUGGAUCUGUAAAUCACUAUCCGUGAUAAUUUAACAUUCUGCAACACAACAUUGCAGAAAAAUAUUACAUUAAUUCGCGGACUAAAGAAAAUCACUCAGUUAGUCAGAUCCAGAAGGCACUUUGGACAGAAUUAAAACCCUUAUUCAGUCGCAAUAAAAAGCUUUACGCUUCAAAUUAGAGGUCAAAGAAAAUGCCCUUUCAUCAGAGGGCAAAUCCUGCCGACCAGAAACAAACGCCACAGUAAAUCGAUAUGUGUGCCAUGACCUCUAAGUGUGAAACAAGCGGCUAAAGUCACAUUUGCUCAGUGACAAUGUAGAACCUUCCAGAGCAUAACCUACCCAACAGAUGAAAAAACUUACCGCCCCCUUUUGUUGCUAUAAACCAGAGCCAAAAAAAACGGAUGCUCUCACAGGAUAACGAAUUCGAAGACUUAAAUUUCCACACAUCGCACAAGGAGUUCGCGUCGCGUGCAAUUCUCACGCGAGAAACUUGAGAAUGAUUGUAGCUAACUGAAGUGUUAACAGUUUUGACAGCCGAAUCCAGACGUGACAAAAAUGGGCGGAAGAGGGUCGUUAAAGGAAAUGCUAACAGGCUCUCUCCCCCAUUUUUUUCCGUCGCCACCGCCCCCUUUCCCAAGUCGUGCGCGUCUUAUUUUCGCUUUGCUCGUUUUAAUACGUUCCCACUAUACUAUCUGAGAGCCUGGCACAGGCUAUGACACAGCAGGAAAAGGUCACAAAGCAAAAACUCAGUUGCAAGGGCUGACAGGCCGCACAUUUUCAACGGCAUGAAACCUUUUCUGAAAACCUUUUUCAUAUUGCUCCAGUCAGAGGAGAACUUUUUCAGGAAUUUUACACUUUAAAAUUUGAACGAUGAUAUAGCUUUCAUAUAGCGGACUAAGAUACGGCACGAUACAGUUAACGCUCAGCUAGGGAAAUUUUUUCGGUGAGUCGAGCGUGCAACAGACAAUUUAUUCAGUGUGCGCGUAUUUCUGUUGAAUUUGAUGCCCGUUUAUUGAGAUAUGUCUACUGAAAACUAUAACAAUUUUCCGUAGUUGCUGUUAUCUUAGGUAUCUGCUUUUAAAAUCUCCGUACAGUUUAGGUUUACGCGAUCUCAGAGUAUAAUGUUCAACUGUUACGGCCAGAUCUCAGGGGCACCCAACGAGAAUAUACUUCAAACCACUUAGACAUAGCAUUGUUGAACGUAUUUUAGUAUUUAAACGGUAGAUAUAGGCACAUUUUUAUCCCCUAAAAAUUUUUCAUCUGUUCGGAUUUCCUAGCUGAAAGUCUAGUGAUCCGAAAAUUAUAGGGAUCAAAACUUACCUUUUCGAAAAUUUCAGUCAGAGAAAAGGCUCCUGAAAAUUCUAGGUGACCUUUUUAGGGGUAAGAAUCCGUUAAAAAUGGGCAAUUAUACCAUUUUUUUGGUGUUCGAAAAUUCUAGGAGAGGCAGGCAAGCAAGAAUUUUAACAACAAAUGUUCCGAAAAUUCUAGAUCUCAAAUUUGUUUUCCGUCUUCCGAACAGAUGUUUUCCAAAAAUUGUCGUUGGGUGCCCCUGAGAUCUGACACUGGUUUUGGGUAUUUAUCACGUCUUUGGUAGAAGCAUAUGAUUUAAACAAGUUAUGAUGCUGUGUCCUUUGAAUGUCGGUUUAAAACUCAAUCGCUUUGUAAAUAUGACUUGUAGUUUUUUAAUAUCAGAGGAGGUUAUUUUAAUGCUCGAUAUUUUUUUAAUACCAUAGUUUUUAUAAUUAGGUUUUUUACCAAUCAAUUGACUGGCCACAACAUAAUGUAUGCAGUUAAAUAUAAGUUUACAAGCUCUUUUUUCUUCUUUGUAGACAUUCACUUCCAAAAUCCAUGGAAAAACAGUGAGCACUAUACCUGUAGACCUCGCCAUUCCUGACGAAUUGCAUGAUUAGCUUAGCUCAACAGCAGAAUGCGUAAUGUCUGGACUUGUAUUGUCAAGUAUGACAGGACUUGUCAACGAUCAAUUAAAAUAAUUAGCAUAGAAAAAACUUUUGCGCUUCAUAAGUCUGCACAGAAAAAACAUUUUUUCCUGGAAUUUUUUUUUAAAUAAAGCUCUUGACGGGCUCUAUUUUAAAUCAUCUAAAAACUGCAAAUUUCGAAAAAUGAUGAUUUUUUACCCUGGAUGAUACCUUAAAAUAUAAUGAAUUCAAAUAUUUUCUGGAAUGAAUAGUUUUUUGUAGGUCAAUUAAUUGAAACUCUUUCCUUUAAAAAGACUUGACAGAUUUCCUCUAAAGGUUAUUUGUUUAGUUUUGUUUGUUUGUUUGUUUUUUGGCAUUUUUGUUGUUUUUUAUUUUUUGGUUUUAAAAUGUUUGUACUUGUCCUACAACUACAAAGUAAAAUAAAUAAAACAUAGCAGACUCACAUUCGUUUCAAAUGAGAAAAUUUGUUUCCAGGUUUGUCUUUGGUAUCAAUGCACAGCUUGACGGGUGGUUUAAUUUCUAAAGUGAGCAUCAGAACCGACGGCGCUAAUUACCCUUGGAUCAUCUUUAAUUUCUCUCUGAUAUAGAUUCCAGCAGUGGGUACCAGUACGACUCCAAAGCAUUUUUGUUUUCACUGGUAAAUAAACCAGGAUGGGCACCUGUUAAACUGCCUCAGACAGGGAAAUAUAGUUCAAACAGAUAUUCAAUACACUGUAAUUCAGGGUAUGGACCUAUAUUCGGAGGAGGAGCUGACAUUCUCAUUUCCAACUACGCGUCAUCCAAUAGCAAUUCUUACAGCAACCUUGGCCAUACUUACAGCCCACCGAGCGGGUACAGCUACCGCAGCACCUUCGCCCGAACAUUCCUCGCCGGAACUUACAAGUUCACACCAGACGAAGUAGAGACUUUUUACGAAACAAACUAG